UCUUUUAUUAUGUUCACACAUACAAGGUGUUACAGGGUUGUAAGUAGGAGUGAGGGGCAUUUAUGAGCAACGGAGCCACAAGGAUCCUGAGCUAAACCAACUAAUCCACCUGUUUCAGAGCAGAAUGCCACAUUAAACCGAACACAUACCAUCACACCAGGCCAGAUAACCCUCACAUCCCUCCCCCGUAUAUCCAUCUUCACAUCACAUGUCCUUCUGCACACACACAGACACACACACACACACAUGGAGCAGCUGUAGCUAUGUUUAGCGCCCAUCAGUUCAGGAUAGAGGCAAAACAUAGCCGGUGUUUUAACAACCAUGCGGGAGGAUCUGACAUCGUGUGGAGACAAUUAAAAACUCUUUUUACGAGAGGCUUAUGUGCUGAAUUUUGAUAGAGUGCAACCCUUCUGCAAAACAUACAAACACACACCCACCUACACACACACACAACUAAACACACACUCAUCUGUGAGUAUGAGCUAUUCAGAGACGAGGAUCACAACAAAAUGUACUUUGCGGAGAAUGUUAAAGUGAUGUGCAUGUUUGUGUAUUUGUGGAUAAGACAGUGGCAUUAAACGAGACUGUGAACUCAUGAGCUAAUAGAGGAAAUAAAUCUGCCUCCAUCCCGUCUCCUCUAUCAGAAUGAGGUUGAAUGCCUCGUAAAGGGAACGGCUUACUCGACCACCGAUCGCUACGUGCUACUUUUGACACGUGCACGAUCUUUGACAGCUUUGGGAAAACUUCCACGGGUUUGAUGCGUCCCUCCCGUCGAAUCCUCCGCCCUGUGUCUGUGUUUCUAUUCCUGUCUCCAUCGUGACAAGGGUGCAGAUACGUGCUGUGGCAACCGUGACCUGGAAUCUUGGUGGCAGACUACAGCAGCUGUAUUUACCGAUGAGUUCAUCCUCCGGGAUAGACACUAAAACCCCGCCAGGCUGCCUCUUUCCUCUUGGCACAUGUGUGUGUGGAGUGUAGCUGCUCGCUCGCUGGGUUGGUGUGUGUGAGCUGGACGCAUGCAUAUGGGUGAUCAUCCCUCCCGGUGUCAGCGAGAAGGGCAGCGGACAAACACAAUGCCAAAGACACAGACAGAGACAGGAGACUUUGGGUCGGACCAUGUUCAGCGGCCGAAUGGGAGGGGGGGGGGGAGGCAGUUGUUAACUUUCCUCUCAUGGUGUCACAUGCUCGCCGCCGCAGACGGAGCAGGACAACAACACAGAUGGAGCGAGCUGGACCAAGGACUCGCACUUCGCUGCCUCCUCCACUCUUUCUUUUUCUGCUUCUUGCCCUCAGCGCCUCAUUACCCUGCUAAUGUCUAAAGAUUUUCUCUUUUGGUGACUACGUCUUUUUUGGACUACACUAAUUCUCCUGUGCUUCCUUGUGUCAACUUCUAACUUCCUGACAUUUCCCCAUUACUCGCUUCCUUGAACCUUCCUGAUGAAGACUUUUCUCAGCCCUUCUAUCUAACACCUGUUCUUUCGCCUUCACUCCUUGCCUCCCGACAUUUGGAUGGAUAGCUACUCCGUCCUCUACAGUUCCUGCCACAGAACCGGACUUCUCUCCGGCUUCCAGCGCCUGCGCACCGAGGGGAAGAUGUGUGAUGUCGUCCUCGAGGCCGGCGGCGUCUCCUUCCCUUGUCAUCGCGCCCUUUUGGCCAGCUCCAGCGAGUAUUUCUGGGCUCUGUUUGGAGAGACCACUGCUGAGAGAUUAGCAGGUUCCAUUAGCCUCCCGGUGCUAACACCUCAGGGUUUAGAUGCCAUCCUGGACUUCCUGUACUCAGGCUGGCUCAGCGUGUCACCCUCCACGAUCUCUGUCGUCCUGGAAGCGGCCAGGUACCUGCAAGUGGAGACGGCUGUGGCGAUAUGCGAGUGCUUCAUUAUCGAUGGUUUAAGUGUCGAGAGCUGCUGCUGCUAUGCCAACCUGGCCGAACGCCACACGCUAUCAAACGCCCUCGAGGCUGCAGACCAAACCAUUGCUAUGGAGAUGGGGACAUUGCUGCAGGAAAGCAAAGACAAGCUCCUCGAGCUGAAUAUCCAGUCGCUGAUGUCAGUGCUCGAGGCUGAUGAGAUACCUGGCGUCAAGGAGCUUGAGCUCAUACAGCUGGCUUUGGAUUGGCUCGAUGAGAAUGGACCCCUCCCGCUGCUGAAAUCAAAUCUUCUUCUGAGUCGUCUGCGCUUCGGAUUGGUCUGCGCGUCCGAUCUGGCCAACCUGCAUCACAGAGCCAUGGGCACACCUCUAAUCAGAAGUCAGCUGACCCGAGCAAUGGAGUACCACAGGAUGGGUCCAGCUCAGCCAAUCAGACAGAACAAGCAGUCAACGCUCAGAGCGUCACCCAAUCGCGUGCUGCUCGUGGGCGGAGGGUCCAGCGCCGAUUGUCCAGAACAGCAGUUGUUGGCGUUUGAUCCAAGAGGCAAGAAGUUCUCAUCCAUGAGCUCAUGUCUCCCGCUGCGGCUGAGGAAUCACUGCGUGAGCUCAGUGGGAGGCUUCCUCUUCGUGAUCGGGGGGGAGGAGGUGAAGGAGGGAGAUGAGGACGGUAAGAAGUCCGUCACCACGUCCACAACCAACCAGGUGUGGCGGUACGAUCCUCGCUUCGCCUGCUGGGAGCAGGUGGGCUCCAUGCUGGAGAGGCGGGCCCAGUUCAGCUGCUGCGUGGUGGACGAUGUUAUUUAUGCCGUCGGGGGACGACACACACGACCGGACACCGACACACACACCUCGGCCGCGUCGGUUGAGUUUUAUGACAUGACCACGGGAGCGUGGAGGAGGGGAGCAGCGAUGCCUCGCCCUCUUUACGGCCACGCGUCCACCGUGCUGGACGGCAGCAUCUACGUGUCAGGCGGCCUCCCGGGGAACCAGGGCACCAUCCAGGGCAGCAACCAUGGUGAUAACCAGGGGGAAAACAGGGAGAGCAGCAGAGAGGUCCUGUAUUGGGACCUCAAAGGUCGGGUCUGGGAAAAGAGGGCGUCCAUGUCUAUCGCCCGGUUCAGUCACCGCUUGGCAACAGCCCACGGCUUCAUCUACGCCCUGCUGGGGAUGUACGAACCUUUCUGCGACAUAGAGCGAUACGAUUCACGCUCAGACCACUGGACACGCCUCCGACCGCUCCUUACUGGGUCCUUCAACUACGGGAUGGUGUCGACACCAUCUGGGAACCUGCUUGUGUUCGGAGGGAGGCGAUGGAGCGACGGUCAAGAGGUGAUCAUGAGGAGUGUCCUGGAGUACGACACCAAGACAGACAGCUGGAGAGAAAUCUGCCAGCUACCCAGACCUCUCACUGGGACAGAGUGCACGCUGCUUCCCCUGCCUGACUAAAGUGCGUGGAGAAAAACUUCUGUGUUUAAAUAUUCCCAUAAAGUGGAUUCUCAAUGUUUGUGUGACAAAGUUUCUCCAAAGUUGUACAAACUGAAAUAGAUUGAUUGUGUUUCAGUCAUGAAAGAAAAGAGGGAGAGUUUAUCCAUCUCAAUAGAGAGCUUUGUGCUGUGGAGUGAAAGUAGGUUGGCAGAGAUGAAAUGUUUACCACCGACCCAGACUUUACUUUCUAAAUGAUUUUAUAUAUUUCUGAAGACAGAUGGUGUUUGCAUAGAGGGAAGCAGGUGGGCAUUAUUCUUCUGUCAUGGAAAGAAUUGGAAAAGUGUUUCAAAAAAAAGUGUUGAGUUUUUGUAACCUGCUCUUUAGCCCAGUCUGCUGCUAAUGACAGAAAGUUAUUUCGUUUUUUUCCUGCAGGAGCAGUUUGAUAUUAAUAAUGAAGCUAGAACCAUGUUAUCUCAGUUUAAUACGUGGAGAGUGUACGACCAUCACACACACGAGGGAAGAGAGACGUCCAAACAGGAGAUAAAGGUGAUGAAGGAGGAGGAAACCGGAGCCAAGCUAAAUAUUUUAUAGAAGUUGAAGAUAAAAGUUCUGCGCAUGUGACAUUCCUGUUUGUUUGGUGAAUAAUUUAGGUUUUCUAAAAGAUAAAGUAAUAGAAGCCCACCAAAGAUAUCGAGUGACCUUUUUUUUGUUUCACUCGAAUCUAUCUGCACCGGCAACUUUACUGUAAAUCAUAUGCGUGAUUUGUGGCUAAUAGCUGCAGAAUUCAUGGGCUUUUAAACUUUAUACGUUCUGUAAAACGUGUUUAUAAUAUCGGAAGGUAUUAUUUGUUUUCAAGAGUUAAUGUUUUUCUCAUGAUUUACUGGAGUUAUCUUUUUCAUAGUGUUGUGAAUCCUGUGGUGUUGGAACUUCAAAUAUUAUCUUCAUAUAGUUAUAUAAAUCGUCUUUGUUGUCUUUUAACUGGUGGAAAUAAUCAACAUGGAUUAUUGAAUAAGUAUUAACUGUUAAAUAAGAUCAUAAACCUCUGGAAAAUAUAUUAAAAAUUCAUUUAAUUCAA